AUGGUCAGUACACAUGAACCACCACCACCCUACCAGCCCCGGGAUCCGUCCAACCCCGCUGCGACAUCGGCGACCAGGAACCCAGUCAUCUUCUGCAUUGGCUGUCCCCUGCAGCGUGACUAUUUCAUAACGCCCGAAUCCCAAAGCGGGGUCUCAAUCAACGCGCAAGCCAACGAAUGGAGCCUGAAACCAGAUCUGGCCUUCUACCUAAACGAUGCUUCAAACCGUGAAUUAGCCUCAUGCGAUUUCAAGGAGAAAACUUGCUCUGCCGAUAUAACAAUGACAAAGACUUCAAACGGCGACAAAGAGACUCUUUGGUGGUCAGCUAUGGAUCAGGAGACUCUAAUGACCACACAGUACCGGAUUAUGGCACGAGUACAUGAUGCAAAUCCACUUAAUAUCGCUGGGCUCAGCUUGACGAGUCCGCGACCUUUUAUUUGGGGAAGCUCGUCGGGUUGGAAAUUGGUUGAUGAGUUAACGGGGAAUGUGGCUGCUAUUGCGCGCGAUGUGGAGUUGAGUGCUGGUAAGUAUGGCUCAGUAGAGAUUCUCAUGUCAUAUGGGGAUAACUUCACUUUGAUAGCUUUGACUUCUUACCUCGCCAUUUGUGAGAAACUGAAGAGAGAGGCUAAGAAGCAUCGGAUGUGGUAA